AUGCCCAUCAACACGGAGGCGUCGCUGGCAAAGGCGCCGGAGGGCUCCCCUUUGCUCGCGGACUCCCAGGAGAUGGAGAAGUUGCUUACCGCCGUUGGGCAAGCCCCCAAGGCCUUCUUAGCCAGCGGCGGGGAUGACGGAGCACUGGGCAAGACAGAGAGGAACGGCCACCACAGCCUACCUUAUGGAUCCGGUGUGGAGGGGAAGCUGGAGGACACAUUGCUCUCGCCGUUGAGGCUUAGCUUGGGCUGCGUCUCCUCCAUGGCCACCACCUCCAAUUUGCACGAGCCAGGCCGCUUGCGGGACUACCUGCCGCUUGCCAUCCUCUCAUGCUUUUGCCCCAUCUGGCCCCUUAACAUCCUGGCCUUGGUCUUCUCUAUCAUGGGAAGAAUCCGAUGA